UGGCAACUACUGCUCCCUCUGGAGUUGGAAGAGAGAAGGAAUGAGUCAUCACUUGAGGCCGCCAAACAAACACUCACACUAUAAACUCCGAAGUCCCAACAAUUCUUAACAAACCAAAACAAAAGCAAAAACUCUUCUCUGUUCUUUCCGUCCUCUUUAUAUUCGCAGAUCUCUAUACUAUCUUUCGAUCUACAUUCUCUCGUCUUCUGUUGUCGGAGCUAAAACUGAGAUUUGUGUUGCCCAACUUCGAAUUCCAAAGCAAAAACAUGUUUUUGGUGAGACCCAUUUUCCGAGGACCCUCCCUCUGGGCGUUGCACUCUUCCCACGCUUGUUUCUCUGCUUCAGCGGCUGCAGUUCAUGCUGAGAGAACCAUCAAAGAAGGCCCCAGAAACGAUUGGAGCCGAGACGAAGUCAAAUCCAUCUACGACUCUCCCAUUCUCGAUCUUCUCUUCCACGGGGCUCAAGUUCACAGACAUGCCCAUAACUUCAGGGAAGUGCAGCAAUGUACUCUUCUGUCUAUCAAAACAGGAGGGUGCAGUGAAGAUUGUUCUUAUUGUCCUCAAUCAUCUAAGUAUAACACCGGAAUCAAAGGCCAACGCCUUAUGAACAAAGAUGCUGUUCUAGAGUCUGCAAAGCGGGCAAAAGAGGCUGGGAGCACUCGCUUUUGUAUGGGUGCUGCGUGGAGGGAUACACUAGGAAGAAAGACCAACUUCAACCAGAUCCUUGAAUAUGUGAAAGACAUAAGGGAAAUGGGGAUGGAGGUUUGUUGUACCCUUGGCAUGCUGGAGAAACAGCAGGCUCUUGAACUCAAAAAGGCAGGUCUCACGGCCUAUAAUCACAAUCUUGACACUUCAAGAGAAUAUUAUCCAAACAUCAUCACAACAAGGACUUAUGAUGAGCGCCUACAAACACUUGAGUUUGUUCGUGAUGCAGGGAUCAAUGUCUGUUCUGGAGGAAUCAUAGGACUUGGAGAAGCAGAGGAGGACCGUGUCGGUUUGUUACAUACAUUGUCAACACUUCCCACCCAUCCAGAGAGUGUUCCCAUUAAUGCACUUGUUGCUGUGAAGGGAACCCCACUUGAGAAUCAAAAGCCUGUUGAAAUAUGGGAGAUGAUUCGCAUGAUAGGCACAGCACGCAUAAUAAUGCCAAAAUCAAUGGUGAGGUUAUCUGCUGGCAGAGUCCGGUUCUCCAUGCCUGAGCAGGCAUUGUGUUUUCUUGCUGGUGCAAAUUCCAUAUUCACUGGUGAAAAGCUUCUCACUACACCUAACAAUGACUUUGAUGCUGAUCAACUCAUGUUCAAAGUUCUUGGACUUCUCCCAAAAGCUCCAAGCUUUCAAGAAGGUGAAACUAGUGAGACAGAGGAUUAUAAGGAAGCAGCUUCUUCUAGUUGAGCUGGUCAAUGCCUUCAAAAAAUAUCUACGAUCCUUCACCCUCUGUUACUGCUAAUUAGCAUGUACUUGAUGUUAGGUUUCAUUGAGUUCGUCUAUACUCAUAUUUGACGACAUGAGCUCGAAGAACUAAACAUAAAUGUUGAAAAUAAUAUUUUUUCCAUAACUAGGUUUUGUCAAUUAAUGAGUGAAGUAAAAGUUGACAUAGUUUUCUGCCUCCCCAGUCUAAAAAGUGACUCUUUUCUUUUGAUUA